GUCCGCAAGUCUCUGUCAUUUGUACUAUGUCCACAGUCUCUGGUCAUCUCCUGUACUGUGUCCACAACUGGUCAUCACCUGUACUGUAUCCGCAGUCUCUGGUCAUCUCCUGUACUGUGUCCGCAGUCUCUGGUCAUCUCCUGUACUGUGUCCGCAGUCUCUGGUCAUCUCCUGUACUGUGUCCGCAGUCAAUGGUCAUCUCCUUACUGUGUCCGCAGUCUCUGGUCAUCUCCUGUACUGUGUCCGCAGUCUCUGGUCAUCUCCUGUACUGUGUCCGGUCUUGGUCAUCCCGGUACUGUGUCCGCAGUCUCUGGUCAUCUCCGGUACUGUGUCCGCAGUCUCUGGUCAUCUCCUGUACUGUGUCCGCAGUCUCUGGUCAUUCCCUGUACUGUGUCCGCAGUCUCUGGUCAUUCCCUGUACUGUGGCAGUCUCUGGUCAUCCCUGACUGUGUCCGGUCUCUGGCCAUU